AUGUCCCAAAGCCUACAAAUGACUCCUAAAGCUCAGAGUCUCUCAUUGGCUUCAUCACCUAGUUAUUUCUCCUCCAAUAACCUAGAUGAGUACAAAAACAUGACAAUGCUUGAUAAUUCCAAUUUAAGUCCACUAUCAGAGACAGAACAAAUAAAGUCCAGGGUCUCUUCAAAUGACUUCUAUAAUGAAGAUUUGCGGGCAAAAUGCCAAUCCUGUGGGAGAAAGUUCUUUUCUGACCGAAUUGACAAGCAUCAACAAGCCUGUUUCCAAGUCCAAAAAAAACGUCCUAAAUUUAAAAUCCUUGAAAAAAUCCUACCUCAAAUAGAAAGGAGAGAAGAAAAACAGCAAAAACCUAGGAGGUCUCCUCUAAAAGAAUACAAAGAUAAAAACUGAUAUAAAAAGCAUCAGGAUUUUAUUAAUAAAAUCAAGAUUCUUGAUAUUAGCACAAUUGUUGAAGAAAAUGCCGGGGAUUUCGCAAUUAAUUCGCCAACGAGUUUGGAAGAUACAUACACACAAUGCCCGCAUUGUGGGAGAAGGUUUGCGCCUCUUCCAGCCGAAAGGCAUAUUCCUAAAUGCAAGGAUAUUAUAAAUAAGCCUAAGCCUUUGAGAAUAGUGUUGAAGGAUAAAAUUAGUCUCCCGAAUAUUUACUUUUCUUAUAACAAAAAUAAUGACAAUGAAUCAGGGUCUCUAAACAGUUCAAAAUUAUAGUUAAAUAUAAAUAAGCUUGCUCAGUUUCUUUUAGCUUAGAUUGAAGCAAGAAUUUCAUAUAAUAAAGGCUGCCAUUUUAUUUAAUUAUAAACAAUUUCAAGCAAGAUUUCUAUAUUUAGCUCUUCCAAGACAAGGAAGAUUUCCCCUGAAUCAGAAGAUUUUAAAUAUAUGAUACAGAAAUUAACAAUGGAAGAAAAAAUAAAAGAUUCCAUUAAAAGAAGAUAUAAAAUAAACAGUGAAAGCUCUUUAUUAUUAGCUAUAGUUAGUUACUGUGUUAUUUAUUAGUAUUAAUAUACACAGUAAAGCACAUUCUUUGUACACAGUGUAACUCAUUUUUAUCAGUGGGUGCAAAUUUCUGCAGCAUGUGCGGUACGAAACAAAGUUUUAAACCAAGUUAUUAG